AUGACAUGUUUCGAAUCAAAAUUAAUUAAUGAUUUCGGAUACCAUGAAAUGGAACGAAGGAUGAAAUUUCAUGAUAAAUUGAUAAAAGCAUCAGAGAUAUGCCAAGCGGAACGCACUGAAUUUUAUGCGCCAAGCAAAAGUAUUGUGGAUGAACUCGAAGAAGAAUUGCCACCGUAUAUUUUACCAACCGUUCACUAUGAAAAACUAUUAAUGAAUGAUCCAAAACGUAUUAUUUAUGUGAUGGAACGAAUGCAUAUGAUGACAACCACUGAAAUGAAACAAGAACUAAAAAAUUUGCAUAUAGAUUUUCGCGGAAAACGAUCACAAGUUUACGAACGUUUGAAGAACUAUUGCCUUAAAGAAUAUGGCGCAAUAAAAAACGCUGAAGCGUCGCACGGCAAAUUGUUCUAUAACUACUUUGUGAUAAUCGAUUUCAAGUGUACUUGUGGAUGGGAAAAAAUUGGUAACACAGAUCAUCGAAUUUUCGGCGUUACUGGUGAAUGCAAAGAAAAGAACGAUUGUGAUUUUUUUAUUGACACAUUUCAUUCCUACGUACGUCCAACAAUAAACCCUGUUUUGACUGAAAUCUGCAUCAAAGUCACCGGCGUAACGCAACAAAUAGUUGAUAAUGCCUCUCCGUUUAUUGACGUUUUGGAUGAAUUUCGUACUUGGAUGCGAUCCUACAAAUUAGGUCGCAGAAGAACGAAAUACGCAUUCGUCACUGAUGGGUAA